CGAUCAGCUGAGGUUCAGCUGACGCUUCUCGCCCACCUGCUGCUUGGUUUGUUUACAACCUGACAGCGGGCACUUCGUCCGUAAUCACGUGUUUGGACGAUAUACAUAAUUGUAAUCAUUGUAUUUGUAUAAUCCGGACUAAUCGCGCUUCGCAAUGUAAAGUAAUGCUGCUAAAAUGUAAAAACACAGGUUAUCCGACGUUCAACAUUAUUGAAGUGCUCAGGAUUUAAUGCUCAAAAUAAUAUUGAUUAUUAAAAAAAACUUAAUUUAGAAAACGAUAAGCGGAAUAUUUAAUCGUAUUAAUAAACAAUGAUAUAACCUAGGCAUAUAAACACGGAUCGGCCUGAAAUGCAGCAGUGUGUCAUGUGGUUAUGCCAAAUGAUUGUCAAUAAAGUUUUCGCGAUUUGAAACAUCAUGGCGGCGUACACUGUUCUUGCAGCUGUCAGAGACUCAACAAAUGUUUUACUAAAAGACACUGUUCUGUCCUCAAAGAAUAUAUGCCGACUGGCAGCCAUUUGCACUGGAAAAGGUUACACUAGUUGGAGGAUGUGCAGUUCAUCCGCAUCAUCCUGCUCCGCUGAGUCUCCAGCAGCAGAUAUUUGUGCCUUCAGUGGACACUAUGAUCGCCUAGUUCAGUGUGGCUCCCUGAGAAAAGAUGCUCAGCAGAGAAGUGUUCUCCAGCAGCUGGCUCAGCUGCAGCACACCCUGGAGAACUACAGUAACAGCAUCUACUUGAACCCACCUCCACCGAGGCUAAACUCUAAAGAUGACGUCAGUCAGCUUCCAAAAGAUAAAGAGCACCACAUUACUACAGCUGAAAACAAAGAUGGUGGAUAUGCUGCAAAGGAGGAACCUGCUCCACCACCACCCCCCAAAGGCUUCUAUAUCUAUGGAGAUGUUGGCACAGGGAAAACCAUGCUCAUGGAUAUGUUUUACUCCCGUGUGAAAAACACUCAUAAAAAGAGAGUCCACUUCAAUAGCUUCAUGUUGGACAUCCACAAAAGGAUCCAUCGGAGGAAACAAAGCCUGCCAAAACGAAGGCUAGGGGAAAUGUUCACCUAUGACCCCAUAUCACCAGUUGCCAUGGAGAUCAGCAGUGAAACUUGCCUCUUGUGUUUUGACGAGUUUCAGGUGACCGACAUUGCUGAUGCCAUGAUCCUGAAGCAGCUGUUUGAGACAUUGUUCAAGACCGGAGUGGUGGUGGUGACCACCUCCAACAGACCCCCUGAUGAUCUGUACAAAAACGGACUUCAGAGGAACACCUUUCUACCUUUCAUCGACGUGCUGAAGGAGUACUGCCACACCAUCUGCCUAGACUCUGGGAUUGACUACAGGAGGCUGGACAACGGUGCAGCGGGGAAACUGUACUACCUCACAGGGGAGCCCGGUGUAGAGGCCUUUUUGGAUGCGCUGUUUGAGGAGCUGGCCUUAAGUCAAGAGAGUGUUACAGGCCCUCGGUUGCUCACAGUGCUGGGCAGAGAUGUGACUCUGGAAAAGACAUGUGGCUCCAUCGCUGACUGCACUUUUGAUGAGCUGUGUGGCAGACCUCUGGGUGCCAGUGACUACCUGGAAAUGGCACAGCACUUUGACACCGUAUUCAUUCGCCAUGUUCCCAUGCUGACACUGACCCUGAAGGACCAGGCCAGACGCUUCACCACCCUCAUAGACAACUUCUAUGACAACAAGGUGAGAGUGGUGCUGCUGGCGGCUUCUCCUUUAGACGGGCUGUUUGUCCACAGUGGAGGGGACGAUGAGAGGGACAGACAACUGCUGGAUGACCUGGGCCUCAGCGGGGAGGCAGCGGAGCGCCUGACUCUGUUCACCGCUGAGGAGGAGAUCUUUGCCUUCCAAAGGACCGUCUCCAGACUGAUGGAGAUGCAAACAGAGUCCUACUGGAUGAAGAGAGACCGCAGUCACAGCAACAAACACAUGAACACCUAACAUCCACGGCUGACUGCCUGAUGAUCAUAUAUACCUCCAGACAACACAGUACCUUACUAACUACUGACACUACACAAGAGAAGUUCCUAUUUAGCAGAACUAGAUACCGGUUUUCGAUUAGGAUCUGACUUACCUUUAUCUUAUGCAUGUGUGUUAUAUCGUUUUACUGUUUGGUCCUCUGUUGAGUGGUGUGCUCUCUCCCCCUUGUGGACUAUUUAUUUUAAAGAAUAUGGAAACCUCUCCAACAUGUGUGAACCACAAGGGAAAUAGGUGUUCACUUCAGAGAGAGGAAGAGGUCCAAGUGUCCCUCAGAGUAGUUGUAAACCGCCCUCUAGUGGGUGAAGUGGGUUCAAUAUUCUCAGGCUGUUCCUGUUUUUGUGAAACAAUAUCAGUCUCUGUAAAUCUCAACCGUAUAAAAACCUGGUAUGAAUUAAAAAUGUUAUGCAUGAUAUUAA